CCGCACUUCACUCAUCAUGUAAAGUACGAAUGCGCGAGCUUGAGAAAGGUCACCGGUCAAGCCUCAAGCAAGUUUACAAGUAAAUGUACAUUUUAACGCGUUUUAUUUUGGUUGUGUGUGUUUUUACUGACCGUUAGCGUAUUUGAUAAAGACGGUCACUUUUUAUUACGAUUUCCUUUUUAUGUUAUCUCUGACGUAUAUUAGCGUAAGUAUUACGCUAUUUCAGGGCCACGUUGGUGUCGUUAAAGCCGCAGUGUAUACAUUUUGGACCGUUUUAGACACAUUUCUCCGUCAGAACUUGAGUUUGUUCGCAUCACCACCGUUCGUUCGUUGUUUUUGGGGAAAAGGAAACAGAAUGGACGUAAAGGAGUGAGGAUAGUUGAGGAUAUACGGCAGUGACCGGUUCUCUCAUCGUCCGUCAUGACCCUGGACAGUGUGGCGGUAACGGAGAACUCUGACCGGGGAUUCUGCUCCUGCUGCGGGGCAAAAAUCAUGCCGUACUUCUCCGACAACGCCGUCGCUUCUCAAAACCAGAUCAACCAGCUUAUCAGCGAGAACUUCCUAACAGUCAAAGGCGCCGCCCUCUUUCUCCCGCAUGGAAAUGGCUCCUCUCCUUCAGUACCCCGCAUCACACAGCGGCGUAACAAACACACAGGUGACCUUCAGCAGCAUUUGCAGACCAUGUUCACUCUGCUACGCCCUGAGGACACCAUCCGACUGGCUGUCCGUUUGGAGAGCGCUUACCACCAGCGUACACGUUACAUGGUGAUCGUCUCCACCAAUGGCAGACAGGACACAGAAGAGAAUGUUGUGCUGGGAAUGGACUUCAGCAAUUCAGACCGCACUUGCACUAUUGGGCUGGUCUUACCCUUAUGGAGCGAUACGCUUAUACACUUGGAUGGAGAUGGGGGCUUCAGUGUGUCUACUGUUAACAGAGUUCAUGUCUUCAAACCAGUCUCUGUGCAGGCCAUGUGGUCAGCCUUGCAGUCCUUGCAUAAGGUUUGCGAAGUGGCCCGAUGUCAUAACUACUACCCGGGCAGUCUUUUCCUGACAUGGGUCAGUUACUAUCAGAGCCACGUGACCUCCGACCAGCACUUUAUUAACGAGUGGAAUGCCAUGCAAGAUGUACAGUCCUACCGCGCAGACUCGCCCGUGCUCUUCACCGACCUGCCAACCGAGAGGGAGCGCACAGAGAGACUGAUCAAGGCACGUCUGAGAGAGAUCAUGAUGCAGAAGGACCUGGAAAACGUCACUUCGAAAGAGAUCCGCACGGAGCUGGAAAUACAGAUGGUCUGCAACCUGCGGGAAUUCAAGGAGUUUAUCGAUAAUGAGAUGAUCGUCAUCCUGGGGCAGAUGGACAGUCCCACCGAGAUCUUCAACCAUCUUUUCCUGGGUUCUGAGUGGAAUGCGUCCAACCUUGAGGAGCUUCAAAGCAGUGGAGUCCGCUACAUCCUGAACGUGACGCGAGAGAUUGAUAAUUUCUUUCCCGGGGUUUUCGAGUACCACAACAUCCGAGUGUAUGACGAGGAGGCUACAAACCUCUUGGAGUAUUGGAACGACACUUACAAGUUCAUUUCCAAAGCCAAAAGAGAUGGGGUGAAAUGUUUAGUGCACUGUAAGAUGGGAGUGAGUCGUUCUGCCUCCACCGUGAUCGCUUAUGCCAUGAAGGAGUAUGGCUGGGAUCUGGAGAGAGCCUUUGACCAUGUAAAGGAGCGUCGCUCGGUCACCAAACCCAACCCAUCGUUCAUGAAACAGCUGGAGGAGUACCAGGGAAUCCUUCUGGCCAGCAAACAGAGGCAUAAUAAGCUGUGGCGUUCACACUCGGACAGCUACCUGGCGGAGGGUCAUGAGAUGAUCUGUAAAGCGCCACGCACACUGGACCGCUCUGACCAUCAAAAUGACAACAAUAAUGGUGCUCCUUCCAUCCAGCAGAUGCUGUGUCUAACUGUGCUCGAGUCUCAGCAUGCUGUGGUUGACAACCACACAGGUGAAACAUCAAAGGAAAACACUAUUACCUCUCACGAAGACCCGUUCCUCCCACCUCUCAUCAGACAGCGGGCGGCCACAGUGGUACCCGAGCAGAAUAUGUCAAAGAAAGUAGCAUUGACUGAGCCCGUCCCUGAUGCUCAUCCUCACCCACCACCCUCUCUUCACCUCACUCCUUCGCCUGAAAAGGAGGGCGAUACAACUCCAGACCUCGACGCCCAGUCGUCUCACCAUGUGCCUGAGCCAAGAACAGACUGUGUUGAGCUGUCUCCAGACACGCCCGAUCACAACGGCUCUUAUCGAGUGUCGGAAUCCACUGUGUUGCAAAACAUAGAACUGUGUCUGGAUGCUGAGGGAAAUCUGCCGUCUUCGAGCACGCCCGAGGCUGACAGCCCCUCAGAAGCCCCCGCGGUACUCUCACACAGCUCCAAUGAUGAUAACAACAACCCGACCGCUGCUGAUCUGAAAGCAGCAGAUGCUGAUGCAUCUCACCUCAGCACGGAUAGCAUUGACUUUUUUAGUGCCAGAGAAAAGUUUCAAUGUCUGUCUCAGGACAGUCAGACCGCUGUGCGGUCGCCUCACUCCAGAUGCACCCCACCCUUGGAGGGCCUCGAUGAAGAAGGAGAUGAGUGUCACACCUACUCGGAAAUCAAUAGUGAUGCAGAGCCCCACCCUCCUCUUCAUGACAACAGCGUGUCUGUGCGUCAUAUAGUUACCGAACUGGAAUCCAUAUCGCACACCUGCAGCCCGCCACUGACAUUACAAUCACAACAAACUGGAGCAACACUGGAGGAGGUGGAUGAUGAAACCGCUUCAGAUCCUCAUUCCCCCUCCGAAAGUCCCUCAGGAACUGUGCGCCGGGCCACCGAGCAACUGGAGCUUACAUUGCGUCAGGGUCAAGAUGUAACUUCCUCUCGCUCUACUCCCCCCUCUCCGUGUUCGGACUGUCCAGAGCUGCAGUCCUCCACCAGUCAACCAGAAAACAAUGUGACACAAACCCACACUGAGCCCCAAAAACCUACAGACAGAAAGGAAGAAAACACCAAAGUGCUCGAUGAUGAGGAUUCCGGUAUAAUUCCUGAUCCGUCCUUCUCUGUGUAUCUAGAAGGCAGCGUUUCUGUGGAGGUCGAUCCGAUUACGUCGAACCCUACUUUGGAGCCUAGCUCUGCCUCUUCAUCUCCGCUGUGGCUGGAGGGUGUGACCGAGUUGGAGACGGACGUGGAUGAGAUAUUAAAGCCCCAGGGUCGACUGGCACGCAGCAGCGAGGAGUUGCAGAAGAUCCAGGAGACGCUCCGAGAGCUCCAGGCUUUUUUAUACGAGGCUGGAGGUUUAUGCGUGGGACAGUCAGAAGACAGCCAGGCACCCCAGGGCAAGUGGGACUCUUUACAGGGCGAACAUCACACCUCGGAUCCCAAAGCGCCUACGGUGUGGCAGAGAGCCAUGGAAAUUGAAGCCCGAAUUAGACAGGCUGGUCUCACUCCUCCCUCGCUCAUGAAACGCUCGGCGUCUCUCGCAAAACUGGACCGACUGGAGCUCUCUACUCACGAUUUGAGCGACUGGGACUUUCACCCCACCGCUACAGGCUUUCCUCAGGCCUCCUCUUGCUUUUUAUCCACAUUUGACUCUUCGCCGGUCACCCACAGCCAUGAUGAUGCUCACAAAAAGCAGCGCGUUCUACCUCAGGGUCUUUCUUCUGAAUCUGGUGACCAUUUAACAGAGACAGGCUGGAAUAAAGACUGCACCCAUAUUUCACCCUCAUGCCCAGAGCAGAGGCAAGCGGGUGGGGCUGGGCCCUCUGAACCCCAACCCGCCAUGUCAACGCGACAACAACAUGCAAAAACUCACCCCGUUCGGCGUUUCCGCAAAGCAAUGGAUAAGAAAAAGACAGUGAGUGUUUUGUACAACACCAUGUGACCAUUACUGAACGUCGACAUGGUGCAGUCGUUGCCAUGUUGACUGACUGCAAGUCAAGUGAAGUCUAAGCUAAGUUUGCAGAUGUGUAUAUGCUACUGUAUGUGUGAAUGAGGGCGUUUGUGAGCGAAUGAAUGUGGAGUUGUGUUCAAACUCUUUCAGGUAGCAAGCAAUGCAAACAAGUGAGUUGUUUUCUUAAAACAUGCACUUUACUCUUCUUGUUUUUCUUUUUUUAUCGUUUUAAGUUUUUUAGAUAGCAUUUUUAUUUGAAUAUUUUGCACUGUUUGAACGGUAGAGUUGACUGUAUGCUUGUGGAGUCAGGAGUCUGUUUGCAAACCAAUGUAAACUUGACAUGAACUCUUUUAUCCUGUGCUUUAGCUGAGACUAUUAUGAAAUAAUAAAACUGCACUAUUUUAAAUGCUUUUGUCAUUCAUG